CUAUCUAUUUCAGUCUGUUCAUCUAUCUAUCUAUCUAUCUAUUUCAGUCUGUUUUCAUAUUUAUCUAUCUAUCUAUCUAUCUAUCUAUUUCCAGUCCAAUAUCAUCUAUCUAUCUAUCUAUCUAUCUAUUUCAGUCUGUUAUCUAUCUAUCUAUCUAUCUAUCUAUCUAUCUAUCUCAGUCUCAUCUAUCUAUCUAUCUAUCUAUCUAUCUAUCUAUUUCAGUCUGUUCAUUAUCUAUCUAUCUAUCUAUCUAUCUAUUUCAGUCUGUUAUUAUCUAUCUAUCUAUCUAUCUAUUUCAGUCUGUUAUCAUCUAUCUAUCUAUCUAUUUCAGUCUGUUCAUUAUCUAUCUAUCUAUCUAUUUCUAGUCUGUUCUAUCUAUCUAUCUAUCUAUCUAUUUCAGUCUGUUCAUCUAUCUAUCUAUCUAUCUAUCUAUUUCAGUCUAUCUAUCAUCUAUCAUUCAUCUAUCUAUCUAUUUCAGUCUGUUCAUCUAUCUAUCUAUCUAUCUAUUUCAGUCUGUUAUUAUCUAUCUAUCUAUUUCAGUCUAUUUCAUUAUCUAUCUAUCUAUCUAUCUAUUUCAGUCUGUUUCAUUAUCUAUCUAUCUAUCUAUUAUUUAUCAGUCUAUAUCUAUCUAUCUGUUAUCUAUCUAUUUCAGUCUGUUCAUCUAUCUAUCUAUCUAUCUAUUUCAGUCUGUUCAUUAUCUAUCUAUCUAUCUAUCUAUCUAUUUCAGUCUGUUUUAUUAUCUAUCUAUCUAUCUAUCUAUUUCAGUCUGUUCAUUAUCUAUCUAUCUAUCUAUCUAUUUCAGUCUGUUCAUCUAUCUAUCUAUCUAUCUAUCUAUUUCAGUCUGUUCAUUAUCUAUCUAUCUAUCUAUUUCAGUCUAUUUCAUCUAUCUAUCUAUCUAUCUAUCAGUCUGUUCAUUAUCUAUCAUCUAUCUAUUUCAGUCUGUUCAUUAUUUCAUCUAUCUAUCUAUCUAUCUAUCUAUUUCAGUCUAUUUCAUCUAUCUAUCUAUCUAUCUAUCUAUUUCAGUCUGUUCAUUAUCUAUAUAUCUAUCUAUUUCAGUCUGUUCAUUAUCUAUCUAUCUAUCUAUCUAUUUCAGUCUGUUCAUUAUCUAUCUAUCUAUCUAUUUCAGUCUGUUCAUUAUCUAUCUAUCUAUCUAUCUAUUUCAGUCUGUUCAUUAUCUAUCUAUCUAUCUUUCAGUCUGUUCAUUAUCUAUCUAUCUAUCUAUCUAUUUCAGUCUGUUCAUUAUCUAUCUAUCUAUCUAUUUCAGUCUGUUCAUUAUCUAUCUAUCUAUCUAUUUCAGUCUGUUCAUUAUCUAUCUAUCUAUCUAUCUAUUUCAGUCUGUUCAUUAUCUAUCUAUCUAUCUAUUUCAGUCUGUUCAUCAUCUAUCUAUCUAUCUAUUUCAAUCUGUUCAUUAUCUAUCUAUCUAUUUCAGUCUGUUCAUUAUCUAUCUAUCUAUCUAUCUAUUUCAGUCUUUUCAUUAUCUAUCUAUCUAUCUAUUUCAGUCUGUUCAUUAUCUAUCUAUCUAUCUAUUUCAGUCUGUUCAUUAUCUAUCUAUCUAUCUAUUUCAGUCUGUUUAUUAUCUAUCUAUCUAUCUAUUUCAGUCUGUUCAUUAUCUAUCUAUCUAUCUAUUUCAUGCUAACCAUUUCUUCUCUUGCAUUUUUUGCUUGUGGAACUCUCUUCUGGCUUCUUGCUUUUCAGUAA